ACCAGUGGGCGUGGUUCUUGAUUUGAACUCCCCGGUGGGAAGAGUGGCAGAGCAUUGCAUGUCCAUGGCACUCUCAGAUUUCUACGCUGCCAAUGAUGAUUAUAACACCAGGCUUGCUCUUUUGACCAAGGAUUCUGGAAAUGAUGUCAUUGCCGCAGCAUCUGCAGGCCAUCAUAGGACCUCAAAGCUCAGCACAAGCUAGGUUUGUCAUUGAACUAGGCCGGAAAGCUCAGGUUCCCAUCCUUUCCUUCUCAGCCACAAGUCCCUCUCUUUCUCCUGUCCAAAACCCCUUUUUCAUACGCACAGCCCAAGAUGACUCCGCACAAGUGAAAGCCAUAACAGCCAUUGUUCAGGCCUAUGGUUGGCGGGAAAUUGUCCUUAUUUAUGAAGAUACAGAUUAUGGAAAUGGUUUGAUUCCAUAUUUAAUGGACGCUUUUUUAGAGAUUGACACUCGGGUGCCUUACAGAAGUGUAAUUCCUCCAUCUUCCAAUAAUAAUGAAAUCGCCAAGGAGAUAAGUAAGUUAAAGGAAGAUCAUACCAGAAUAUUUCUUGUGCACAUGACUGCUUUUCUUGGCUCGAAGCUCUUUGUACUUGCAAAUAAUGCUGGAAUGUUGAGGGGAGGGUUUGCAUGGAUCUUCACUGAAGGGUUAUCAGAUUUGGAAGAUCGUAUAGGCUCAAAGGUUAAGGACUCGAUGCAAGGUGUACUGGGACUGCGGCCAUAUAUACCCAGAUCGAAACAUUUUAAAGACUUCAAAAGAAGAUUGAAAAGAAAUUUAACCUCUAGCAAACCAAACAUUAAGAUUACUGGAAACCUCUUUGGUUUAUGGGCAUAUGAUACAGUUUUCGCUUUGGCUAUAGCAGUGGAGAAGGCCGGCAUCGUGCAUUCUAAUUUCUUAAAGAAAAAUGCUAGCCAAAGUAACGUGGAUCUUGCAGCUUUAGGCAUUUCUGAAAUUGGUCCAACGCUUCGUGAUACAAUUCUAACUACUAAAUUUCAAGGCCUGAGCGGGAAAUUUCAAUUGGUUAAAGGACAGUUGGAACCUUCAGCCUUUGAAAUACUCAAUGUCAUUGGAAAAACAGAGAGAGUUAUCGGAUACUGGACCAGACAGAGAGGACUUUCCCAAGAAUUGGACGACAAUAGUGAAGUAGCAAACUCAAUUUCAAAGGACAGCCUGAAGCAACCAAUCUGGCCAGGAGACACAACAGAGCAGCCUCCAAAGUUGAGGAUUGGGGUUCCAGUGAAACGAGGUUUUGAUGAAUUUCUGAAAGUGGAAUGGGAUCCUCGUACUGAUAAGCCUAUCAUAUCAGGGUUCUCCCAUGACGUGUUCAUUGCAGUACUCAAGGCAUUACCAUUCCCACUUUCUUUUGAGUAUAUUCCCUUCAUGAAUAAAGAUAGGCAGAGUGCUGGGACAAUCGAUGAACUUAUUUACCAAAUAAAACUUCAGAAUUAUGAUGCUGUUGUGGGAGCCACAACAAUUGUAGCCAAUCGCUCUUUAUAUGUUGAUUUCACUUUGCCUUACUCUGAAUCAGGGGUGUCAAUGGUGGUUCCGGUGAAGGAUGAUGAGAAGAACAAGUUUUGGAUUUUCUUAAAGCCACUAAGCUUGGAUUUGUGGGUGACAACAUUUGCGGCAUUUGUCUUUACGGGUUUAGUGAUAUGGGUUCUUGAACAUCGAAUAAAUAGAGAGUUCAGAGGCCCGCCAGAUCAACAUCUUGGCAUGAUUUUCUGGUUCUCCUUCUCAACACUAGUCUUUGCUCACAAUAAUAGUUUAAUGGAAACAGGGGAGAAACUGCUAAGCAAUUGGUCGAGAUUUGUGAUGAUCGUAUGGAUUUUUUUGGUACUCAUCCUGACACAGAGUUAUACCGCAAGUUUAGCCUCAAUGUUAACUGUACAGAGAUUGCAGCCUACCUUUGUUGACGUAAAAGAGAUAAAAAAGAAUGGUUAUUUUGUUGGAUAUCAAAACAAUUCCUAUGUUGAAGGGCUUCUAAUAAAACAGUUAAACUUUGAUCGGUCCAAGUUGAAGCCUUUUAGCACCCAUGAGGAGUAUCAUGAAGCAUUGUCAAAAGGAACCCAAAAUGGUGGGGUUGCUGCUGUCUUUGAUGAAAUUCCUUACAUUAAGCUCUUCCUUGCAAAGUACUGCUCCGGGUACACUAUGGUUGGUCCGACCUAUAAGUCUGAUGGAUUUGGCUUUGCCUUCCCUCUAGGAUCUCCUUUAGUCCCAUACAUUUCUAGGGCAAUCUUGAAUGUCACUCAAGACACAGAAAAAUUGGGAGCAAUUGAGCGGACCUACUUUUCAAGUCGUGGUAGUACUAAUUGUCAAGAUCCAAGCGCCUCAAUCUCAUCAAAUAGUCCUAGUCUCAGUCUGCACAGCUUCGGCGGCCUCUUCAUCAUCACCGGAACCGUUUCCUUGAUCUCACUCUUGGUUUGCUUCUUCAAGUUCUUUGGCUCACAUUGGCCAACUUUGAGCAACAGCAAUCCUGAGAGCACCUUUUGGUCCAAGUUGAUUGAAAUGGCCAAGUAUUUUGACCAGAAAGAAGAUCCCUCUUCACAUCCCAAUAUUGAAAGACAUACAUCCACGGUACAUGCUAUAUCAAGUCCUGACGUAAUAGAAUUUCGUCAUAAUAUGGAGAACCACUCCAGGAAUUUCGACGUUGUAAGCGACAGGGAUGAAAGUCCUCCUCCUACGAGUUUUCCUUCUCGGCGUAGUGAGAUUACAUCUUUGCAUGAGGACGUACCAAAUUUAAAAUAGGUCUUGGUUUUUUUGCUUUUAAUGUUAAAUAUAUGAAAAAAGAAAUGUAAAGAGACGAACUUUUUCCCCUAAGAUUGUUUUGUGGUUUAUUAGCUACCACUCCUAUGUUCUCCCAAAAACUUUUUUGACAUACUUCUAAUUUGAAAAA